AUGGCUGCUGCCGAUGCAGAUCAUGGCUUCCAACGUCCUGCUCAAAUCCAAGUUAUCGGGUGGGAGCAUUUGGACAUCUUUAAAUUUGAUGCAAUGAUCGCUGUAUCAACGUUGAGUAUACGAGCUGCGCUCUAUCCGAUAACUGUUGUUCGUUCACGCUUGCAGCUGCAGAAACAAAAUACUGUAUAUAGAAGUUUGCGCCAUGCCUUCGUUGAUAUGUUCCGGAAAGAAGGGUUCACAGGGUUCUAUCGGGGAUUUUUCAUGGCUCUUCCGCAAACUGGUGCUUCUUUUUUGUAUUCUAAUGCCUACGAAAAGACUAGAGACUACAUCCAGUCGCAUACAAAGAUAAAAUCAGCAGCUACUUUAUCGUCCCUUGCAGGUGUUGUUGCAUCUACCACUUCCCAAAUGUUAUUUGUUCCUACGGAUAUCGUCUCGCAACAUAUGAUGAUUUACAACAAUCCUCUAGCCUUCAUGGGUAAAAACAGCAACCGCAAGGGAGGAGCGGUUAUGGAAUAUUUGAAGAAUGAUAAGUCAAGGUUGACCCUGGGCCUAAAAGUGAUUCGUGCUGUUUAUCGUGUGGACGGGGUUCGUGGAUUUUAUAGGGGUAUAUUUUCCGCAAUUUUCCUGUAUGCUCCCUCAGCAUUGGUUUUUUGGUCGUCUUAUUACUACCUUUUGGACUGUUUCAAAUUCAUUCGAAAAGAAGUCGUACAUCCUUUACGAAAUGACACCGGUACACUGUUUGGUUGUUCCAAGCCAAUAAUCAGCAGAAUUUUCAAUUCACUCAGAAAAUUAAUGUUUGUUCGACUUUCUGGGACCUCAUUUUUUUUCCUUAUAAUUAGACUGCCUUACGUUGAGUCCGAACAUUAUCGAAAUAUUUUUGUGGAUCAGGGUAUUGCCGGGAUGCUUAGUGGGGCUGUGGCUGCGAUUUGUACAAAUCCUCUAGAUGUUUUACGUGUUCGCAUCCAGGUUCAAAGGACGUCUUUCUGGGAAACUACACGGCGCCUCAUAAAUGUAGAGGGCAGACGGGUUUUUACCAAGGGACUGCAACUUCGGAUCAUCAGCACUUCACUUCACGCCUUCUUUGUCAUGCUGUGUUAUGAGACAGUGAAAAAGCAUUGCGUGCUACCUGAAUACGUUUCGAACGUUGUUUGGUAG